AUGAAUACAGAAUUUGAAAUGGAUUUCAAACGAAAAUCUUAUAACGUUGGUUUCAUCAAUAAUGCCCCAUAUGCGAAUAUCCAUGCAAAUGAUGAUUUAUGGAAUGGGUUUGAAUUACGUAUGAUUCAAACAUUGGCAUCUUAUUUCAAUUUGACCAUACAUUAUGAACAAUUUAAUGGUGAAUAUGGCAGCCGAAAAUCGAAUGGCACUUGGUCGGGAAUAAUCGGAAAAAUUAUUUUGAAGGAUUUUGAUUUUGUUUUUGGUGGUGUCGCAUUAACUUAUGAUAGAAUGUCUGUCAUUAAUUACCUUUAUCCACAUUGUAUCGACCAAUUUACUUUUGCCACGACUACUACUGGCAGUCAAAUUGAUAUGGAGGUUUUCAUCAAAUCAUUCGAUUGGAUCGAAUGGCUAUUACUUGUAUUUUUUCUAUUUUUCUUAUUUGAUCGAUUAACAAAUUUGGUUGAACACCGAAAAUUCCAUGAUUCUUUCGUAUGGAUUUCAGUAUGUAUAAUAUUUAGACAACCAUAUCGAUUGAUAAAUCGGUCAAAUUCAUCUAGAAAACUGUGUGCCAUUAUAUGGCUAUUUUCGGCAUUGGUUUUGUUCAAUGUAUACUGCUGUCGAUUAUAUUCAAUAUUGACGAUUCGUACUAAUCAUGUGGUUGAUACUGUGGAUAAAUUAGCCAAAGGUGCCGUCCAAAAUAGUAUCAUACCAGUUGUCAUGGAUUCCAGUGUUUAUCAAAUGUUAAACAAUUCUGGUAUAACUUCAUACGAUUUGAUAUCAGAUAAAUCAAUCCAAGUAGCCCAUCUAAAUGAUGGCAUCAAUUUAAUUAUUCAAACUAGUAAGCAGUUGAAGAAAUCUUUCUCCGAAAAGCAUAAAGCCUAUGCAUUUAUAGCCACACGUUUUAGUCUUGAAUUCGCACAGUUGAAUUAUGGUGAUAAACUAAUGUACAUACCGCCACCAACGAUACAAGCUGAAUUCUUUCCAUUGUUCAUUUCCAUACUGUUUGGAGAAACAUUCGAUCAUCGAGACGAAUUUAAUUACAUGUAUGACCAAACUUGA